CCGCGCGGAGACCGGGCGUCUGUAAGGCGCAGGCGCAGCGCGUAACCUCUGCUGUGGCCGCAGGUUGCACCGUGAGUGACGUGAUUCCCCCAGGUGAGAGGCGAGCCUCCGUAGGUGAGGCGCCGCCCCCCCUCCCCUAGCAACAUCUGUAAGUCUUGAAUUACUCACUGGGGUGCUGACAUUAUUUUCGAACUGUGAAAUACCUGCAAGAAUGUUCAGAAAUGAGUAUCAGGGUGGCCCAUUUGUUGAAAUAUUCAGUGCUCAAGGCAAGAAUCCAGGAGCAAAAUGGAAGAUCUUUGGCAGUCCAUCAGCAAUUUGGAAAGAAUUUGAUAAAGAAGUAAAAGGCUUUGUUUUUGUCCUUGAAGGAAGCAGUCAAACAAACAAGAUUCAGCUACCAAAGGAAACUAGACAAACUCUUGGACUGAUCCAGCGGUUUCUGGUACUUCAGAUUUAUGUGCCUUUGGGACAAGACUUCUCUACUGAAUUGCUGGUAACUGAUUUAGGAAACAUUAAAAGAAGAUUGUAUUUAUCAACGGUCCAUAAGGAGUUAUCUAUAACCCCUCUGCAUGCAAAACUUCCUCUUUUUAUGAUCAAACGCAAAAUAUGGUGCAAUUUGUGCAUUGACUUGGUAGCAUUCACCAGUGAAAUAUUCAGAGGAGCUGUUUUCCAGUCUUUGGAUGGAAUUAUCAUCUCAGCCAACUGUAAACUGAGAAAGAUCUUCACUUUGAAAUCAAAGCCUCAAGAUACAGCUGAGGAAGAUGAUAUAUUUGGUCUUCCAUUCACAGCUGACGACCCCACAGAUACUAUUCCUCGAACCUGCCAGCUAAAUACAGAUGUGCCACAAGUCACACAACUGCUUAACAUGACUAAACUUCGCCAACCAGAAAUAAGAUUUGGAGGUCGUCCCUUAACUUCAUCAGAAUCAGUAGACCAGUUAAUUAACAGAGGACAAGGCAGUACACACAACAGUAAAAAUCAAGAUGUGUCUCACAUUGCAUUUGGAUCCAAAGUCCUUGGACCACCUCCACCUUCUGGCAGAAGAGUCAACACCAGGGUAUCUGGAGAGAUAACAAAGUCCUUGGGUAGCCGAAGUAGCAGAUCAUGCCAACAACUGACAUUAGAAAAAGGAAGCGAGUCAAUACAAGAUAUCAAGAGAUCUGGACUGUCUCUUUCACCAUUCUAUAAGGCUUUUGAUCAAGGAGACAAAGAAAAUAUUCACCAAACAAAUCAGAUUACAAGUCAAAACGAUGACUGGGUAUUUCCUGAAAAUAGCAGUGACAGUUUUCAGAUUGAUUCCAAUGGACAGUCAGUAGCUACCCACAAUACGUCCUGCAGUAAUUUAUCCCUGCCACCGAAUACUGAUGUUGAAAGUGAAAGCAAGCAAACAGACAAACACCAAAUAAGCCAUAAAGAGAUUUUCACAUUUUCGUCGAGGCCUCGAUCAGCUCCUCAUGGGAAGUCCCCGAAUAUGUCGCCAGAAGGCUGCAUGUCUCCUUUGGAUUUAAAUGAGGACAGUGAUGGGUUCUGUAGAGGAGCCCAAAUGGAAGAUGACUUUUAUGGAAGUGACAGCAAUGAAGAGGAUGACCCCAGUGAAUUCAUCCAAAGUGCUUCAAACCUCAGGACCAGCCACUUUACAUCAGGGUCAUCUGAUUCUGCAGUUUUUAAAGUGAUCCCAUUAAAGAUGAUGUCAGGAAGUCCUGAGCACUGGAAGUAUAAAGAAUAUAGCAAACAUAGCCACCUGGAAACACUAUCAUCAGCCCCACAAGAUUCGGUUGUGAAAAAAGUAGAGCCUGAUAAUAUUCCAAGAAGCUGGAUGCCUACUCCCUGUCUUUCUCCAACUGGAAGUAAACCUGAAAUCUCUAAGGAAAGCCCAAGCACCUCUGAAAAAACAAAGGAUACAUCAGUGAGUCAAUUAAGAACAUCAAUAAGUAAAAAGUCCCUCAAGGAAAUCUUAAAAGAGAAUUCAAGUCUGAAAGCUGAGACUACUGAGUAUGACUGGAGGAACUACCAGCCAAGCAGAUUGAGUGCAUCUGAGCUACAGAUGUUGGCUAGUAUGAAGAGACAACAAAACGAAGAGCUAGAGGAUAAUGGGAUCUCACAUGGACUGAGUGCAUCUCAGAUUGACAGCUGCAAUGUCAGCAUCAGUACGAGCAGUGAUGACACAACGACCUGGAACUCUUGUCUCCCACCACCUGUCAAUCAAGGUCAUCACUAUCAAAAAGAAAUGAAUCCACUUUCUCAUUCCAAUCCAAGGGACUGGUUAAAUGUGUUCAGCCCCCCCAUAAUUCUUCCAAGCCAAGAGCUAGCAAAGCAUAUUGAAUCUUCAGCAAGUCUAAAUAUUCCAGGUGAAGAUGACUUCAGUGCUGAGGAGGAUGAGGAAGUUCUGACUCUUUUGUAUGAUCCAUGUCUAAACUGUUACUUUGAUCCGGAAACUGGAAAAUACUAUGAAUUGGCUUAGCUGGUUCCUGGUUCAGAGGAUAUUGCCCUCCAUCAGAACAGAAUUAACAUCUAUUUCUCUGUAAAGUAUUAACCAGAAUGUAACAUUUUAUUGCAUAAUUUAAAAUUUUGAAUCCGUAAGUCAUUUUGCAAGCAAAUGGAUAUAUUUUACAAAUAAUGUAACAUCUUAUUUUUGUAGUUUUGUAUUGUUAUAAUACAGUAGAACAUCAUAGCACACAAGCUCUCGUGGCUUUGACAGUUGCUUGUGAGACUAGUUUGUUUUAUAUUAAAUACUGAAAGAUUCUGUGUGUGAACAAAUUAGGUGGAAUCAAAAGGUUUUUCAGUGUUAAUAUGUAAAUUAUGGCUUCAUACAAAGAAAAUGUAUUUUUUCAUUAGUGGCUUAUCAGAUGUUCGUUUAAAUGGAUUCCAUGAUACCUUAACUUUGUACUCCAAGAAAUGGCAUGUGAUGUUCAAAGCCAUGUGCUCUAUGGGCUCUCUCUCCUUAUUCACCAGAAAGAACAUCAUCUUCCUUCCUCUCCAGGAAAGUCUCUGUACUGAUUCAAUGGCAUUAUAGUAACUGCUUCUGAGAAAUCUUAUCCACUUGUAAUCCUUAUAAAGUUUCUGUAAUACA